UGAAGCAGCAGCAGCAAUAACAAAGAAGUAACAACAACAAUGCGAGUCUUCGUAGCAAUCUGUCUGCUCGCCGCAGUUGGUUGCCAAGUGUACGGCAACCCCAGCAAACUAUCCAAAGAAGUGGAAACCGGCAAAGAAGAGUUGACCGAAACGAAGGCGAUCAACGAUGGAGACUCGUCGCUGGAUGAGGAAGAGAAGAGCAAGAAGGACGUGGUGAGGAGGAAGAAAUCGGCGACGACGACGUUCUGCGUUGAAAUCAGACCUAGCAGUCCUUACCAGAAACCGUACACCGUCUGCGAAUCGGGAGCACCCUCGUAUCAGGCAGCACCUGCCGCCGCCCCAGCACCAACUGGAUACGCCGCCGCUCCGAGCUACGGUGGAGCCGCUUCCGCUGCGGCCGUUUCUUCAGGUGGAUACGGUGGAUCAGCCCCAGCCACUGGAUACGCCGCUCCAGCUUCGUACAACGCUCCAGCUGCUCCUGCUCCAAGCUACGCGCCGGCCUCUUCGUACAACGCCCCAGCCGGCGGUUACUCCGCUCCCAAAGCUGAAGCUCCUGCUCCGAUGAGCGGAUACGCUGCUGCCCCUACGUACUCAUCUCCGAUGAAGACGGCGACCGGAUUCUCUGCUCCUUCUUAUUCUGCCUCGGCGAAGGGAUAUUCCGCACCUGCUGCCCCGACGUCAGCUUCCUACAGCGGCGCCGCGUCCUCGGGCGGAUCCACUUCCUAUUCCAGCGAUUCCGGCUCUUACGCUGCACCAGCUCCAUCGUAUUCCGCUCCAAAGCCUAGCUACGGCGGUGGCGCUUCAGCGUCCGCGGUCCAUCAUGGUUCAGGAGGCAGUCACGGUGGUGCCAGUUAUCGCUCGAGCGACAACUCCAUCGAAAUCGACGACGAAGAUGACCAUCAUCCGGUCGGCAUUCCCAUCGCUCACGAGAUCGACGCUAUGGAGAUGAUGAGAUCGGCCGGAGGGUACGGAGGAGGAGGAGGAGGCGGCGGCGGCUACGACGGCGGUUACGGCGAGAUGAAAUUCAAGGGACUCAAAGGUAUGGGUAAAGGCUUGGGUAAAGGAAAAGGGCAGAGCUAUGGGCAUAGCGGUUUGGUAAUUACAUGUCAACCCUCUUUAGCUGGAUACGCUUCCAACGCGCACUACGGCGGCGGCGGCGGCGGAUACGGUGGCGGCUCUGCCGGAGGAUACGGAGGUGGAAUGGGCGGCGGUGGAUACGGCGGCAGCGGAGGAUACGGUGGAGGAGCCGCAGGAGGCGGUUACGGAGGUGGUGGUGGCGCCGCAGCCUACGGAGGCAGCUACAGGAACUCCUAUUCCAGUCCCAAGACGUACAAGAAACCCAUGGGCUACGGAGGCAUGAAGGGUUACGGUUCAAUGGGCGGUUACGGCGCCGCUCCGAUGUACUCUGCACCAGCUCCAUCGUAUUCUGCACCAGAGCCAUCUUAUUCUGCUCCAGCUCCAAGCUACUCGGCACCAGCGCCAAGUUACUCUGCACCAGCCCCAAGUUACUCUGCACCAGCCCCAAGUUACUCUGCUCCAGCUCCAUCGUAUUCUGCACCAGCUCCAGCCCCAGCAUACUCUGCUCCUAGCUAUUCUGCUCCAGCCCCAGCUCCAUCGUACUCGGCUCCAGCACCAGCUCCUGCAUAUUCUGCUCCAGCACCUAGCUACUCGGCCCCAGCUCCAUCGUAUUCUGCUCCAGCCCCAAGUUACUCUGCACCAGCUCCAAGCUAUUCGGCUCCAGCUCCUAGCUACUCUGCUCCAGCUCCAUCGUAUUCUGCUCCAGCACCAGCUCCUGCAUAUUCUGCACCAGCUCCAAGUUAUUCGGCUCCAGCUCCUAGCUACUCUGCUCCAGCACCAGCUCCAUCCUAUUCGGCUCCAGCUCCAGCACCUAGCUACUCGGCCCCAGCUCCUAGCUAUUCUGCUCCAGCUCCAUCGUACUCGGCACCAGCUCCAGCACCAGCAUAUUCUGCACCAGCUCCAAGCUACUCUGCUCCAGCCCCGGCACCAGCAUAUUCCGCCCCAGCUCCUAGCUAUUCUGCACCUGCUCCAGCUCCGUCCUAUUCGGCUCCAGCACCGGCUCCGGCAUAUUCUGCACCAGCUCCGAGCUACUCUGCACCAGCUCCAAGUUAUUCAGCUCCUGCACCAGCUCCUAGCUACUCUGCUCCAGCACCAGCAUAUUCAGCUCCAGCUCCUAGUUACUCUGCUCCAGCAGCCCCAGCGCCAAGUUAUUCGGCACCAGCUCCAUCGUACUCGGCACCAGCACCAGCCCCAGCGUAUUCUGCACCAGCACCAAGUUACUCUGCUCCAGCUCCAUCGUACUCGGCACCAGCACCAGCUCCAGCAUAUUCUGCACCAGCUCCAAGUUACUCAGCCCCGGCUCCUAGUUACUCGGCACCAGCUCCAGCCCCAGCAUAUUCAGCUCCAGCUCCUAGCUACUCUGCACCAGCUCCGGCAUAUUCUGCACCAGCUCCGAGCUAUUCCGCUCCAGCUCCCAGUUACUCUGCUCCAGCGCCAGCCCCGGCAUAUUCUGCUCCGGCUCCAUCCUAUUCAGCUCCAGCUGCCCCAUCGUACAGCGCACCCGCGACAUACGGAUCCUCCAAGUACAAUGCCCCCGCUUACUCGGCAUCCGCUCCUGCGUCUUACGCUGCUCCUGCUCCUGCUGCCUACAAAGCUCCGGCCUCGUACCGCACCGCCGACACCGAAGACCUGACCAAGGACUUGACAUCGUCCACGGCAAACGAUGACGACGAGAAGAUGAUCAUCGACGAUAUUACCGGAGCCACCGCAUCGCCGGACGACAAGGAGAAGCACACCCUGAAACAUAUGGAAGAGAUCGCCAAGGCGAGAGCCGCCGGCGGCAAAUGGGAAACCGAAAUGACCGGUGCCACCAAAGACGAGACGAUGAUGGACAAGAAGAUGGACAUGGGAAUCGGAUGGGAGAAGAAACCAGAGAUGAGGGAAGCUUCCUCGGGUGGAUGGGGAUUGGAAAACGAGAAUCAACCCAAGGACAGCACGCUCUGAACGACCAUCAAUCAAUCAAGCAAUAAUAUAAUAUUAUAACUACUUUUUAAUUUAAACUGAUAAUGUGAAUUUUUGUACUUUUUUUUCUAAUAUUCUCGAAGCAAAUAAAAAAAACAUUACGAUGUUUUGUGAAAAAUCAAUU